AUUUUUCAUGCUAACUGUAAUUGUAAAGGUUAAUAUAGAUUAUUCGGUUUGCAUAAAGUUUACAGUAUCGACUGAUAAUUAUAUGAAACUGAUUAAUUGUCCAAGAGAGUGGUGAACUGACUUAAUUCUAACAACUGAGCCACGGUAUGAUAAUAUAUUAGUCAAGAAGUAGUACUCAACAAUUGAAGAUGGCCGUAUCUUGUACCUACUUAGUGAGCUCAGAAAAGACUUCUUACUUUUUCUUCUCAUGCUUAUGCUUAACCACAUUCUAAACUUGCUAAUCAUAAUUGGUUGACUAAUGAAUUCCCUUCUCAGUGUAUUUCGUAGACGAAGCAAAGAUUUUUCGCUGACAAUGUUAGUUUUACGCAGUAGUUAGUUAGACACAACAAUUUUUUAAGUCGCGGUAGUGAUUUUAUUUUCGUUAUUAAGUUUUGACAUAUGUUUACUCAACAAUUCUUGAGUAGAUUGUAGUGCGCUUUUGAUGGUGUUUAACGGAGUGCAUAGUUUAAAGUCUUUAGAGAAGGUAUUUAACCAGAUUUAUUUUACUAUUAUGAUGAUAUCAGGCACAUGAAUUAGAACUUAUCAUCAACAAAACAUAUAAAAAGUUAUCAUUGCGUUUCUCAUUCAUUACGAUAUUAACUGGUGAUGAAGGUCCUUUAGGACUUUGAGCAUGUCAUGUUCGUUUCACCCACGUAGAUGGACGAAGCGAUAAUCUAUUUUUAUGCAUUAUUGAUAUGCUAUAAAGUCUAUUACUUAAUCUGUAAGUCGGAAAGAUUUGCAUUUAACUGUGCAAUAAGUGUUAGUCGAUAACUCUUGAAAUUUCCUAUUAUAACUUAUCAAUCGUUUUCAUAUGUUGUUCAAAGUGACCAUAUAAGCUCUCAAAAUUUCACAUAUAAGCAAUUCACAUUGUUAUGGAGACUACUCAUACAUGUUCAUAUUAUUUUCAAAAUGGUGCUCUGUAGAAAUGAGCUUUUUAUCUGUCAGAGUAAAGUCAUAAAACUUUAACAAAUAUCAGUAAACAAUCAAAUCAUUAACUUUUUAAAUAAUUGUUUGUCGUUAAAAAAAGCGAUAGGGUGAUGGCUUAAACAUGAAUGGGAUUGUAAACAAUGGGACAUAAGUCAAUGAAAUAUGCUAACAACUGAAUAAAUUAAAUCUAAUCAAAUGUAAAGAACGAAUGAAAGGUUGUGCAAGAUCAUGGGACGAUUAAAGGUGGAUACCAGCUAAGUGCUCACGUACGAGACUGAAAGUCCUUGGUUCGAGUCUUGCAUACGGAGUCGUGGAUGCGCAUUGUUGAGGAGUCCCAUACUAGAACGAAACGGCCGUCCGAUGCUUCCAGGUUUUCAAUGAUAGUCCAUCUUACAUCGAAUCAUGAAUUCAACCAUUAAAAUGGAAAGAAAUCUACAUUCAAAAUAUUAAAUUUAAUCAUGCGUGUUGAUAGUGAUUGAAUGCUGUCAUUUUGAUCAAUAAGUCACAUGAUAAUCAAAGAAAUAAAAUGAUUAGUGUAAUUUAUGUUUUUAAUGUAACUUCAUUGUUGUGCUCUACAAAAAAAGAUAUAGAUAGUUCAGUGAUUAAAUUCAGUUCAUUUUAUCAGAUUGACUUUAUCGUAAGUCUAUGAGAUAUGGACGAAAUGCUCCGAUUUAAGAUAACGAGUCUUGGAUUUUGGCGCGAAAUUCAUUCAUCCAUAUGGCUAAACAGCAUUUUGAUGUUAUAGAUAAUGUCAGUUCGUGAUGAUAAUUCUACCACUAACUUACAACUUUAAGAUCCAACUGUAAAUCCGAAUUCUAACUCAUUACAUUAAUUUAUAACCCUAUUUUAACCUGUAAUAAUUUUGUAAACACUCUCAAGGUCACUUUACUUUGCUCAAAGGUCGUUCAUAAAUCAUAUUAUCACCAAUCUUGUUUGUUAAAUAAUACGGUAACCAUGAUCAAAAGUACUAAGAAUAGAACUAGUUUAGAUUGAUGUCAUUGAUAGAUCAAUGUUAAAUCACAAUUUGUAUUGUAUGUAUGAAGAAAUAUUAUGAGUUCUUUUCAAACACUCACAAUUUAUAAAAACAUUUAGCUAUCAAUAUGGGAUUGUGGAGAUUGUUGAGUUUUGAUUGAGAUCAUGAGGCGAUUCAUGUUAGACCACCAUUGCAAACCUGAAAGUACUGGACGGCCGUUUCGUACUAGUAUGGGACUCCUCAAUAGUGAACAUUCACGAUCCCGCCCUCGGGACUCGAAUCCGUGAUAUCAAUCCAAACUCAAUAAACUCCACAUACUGAUAAUAAAAUUAAUGAUAAGAUGAUAUUCACGAUAAAAUUUAGGACACAUUCAUAAAUCCUUAAAUAAACAGUUACUAUAUUUAAUAUUUUAUUAAGACUGUUCAUUUUAAAGAUAGUUUACGCUAAGCAGCAGUUCACACAUAAAUGUUCUUGAUAUGGAUCAAAUCCAGGAAGUUCAGGUUUCCUAGUAAGCAAAUAAAAUUUAAAUAAUCAAGUUGGCUUCUAUUAGCAUAAUACAUUUUUACACUUAGAAAUUUAACAGUAUAGCAAAAUUAUCAUCCGUCACCUUCCUUAAUGACAGUAUGAUGGGGAAGAUUUGUAGCUCAGGUGGAUGAUUUUAAUGGAGUUUUGUUCUCUGAGCUGGAUAGUUUGGUCUGAGAGCUUUCAUCGUUCUUCUACACAAAAUCAUCAGACAAGCUGUGAACCACAUAUGGAGAAAUUUGAACACUUUACUUCUACCUGAAGUUUCUGCUGAUGAUGCCAUUUAGAAGAACAAUGAAAGCUCUACGACCAAACCAUCCAGCUCAGAGAACAAAACUCCAUCAAAAUCAAUGACAGUAUAUCGUUGGAUAUGCUUUUUAUCACUCUAUAAAUUUAAACUAACUUUCGACUUUAUUUUUCAGUCCAUUUUAUUAUUAGCAUUUGUCUUUUUUGUCAUUACAUUUUGGACGAAACUCUCUGUUAAAAUUGUUGAGCCAACAUUGAAUAAAUUACGAAUAGAUGGUGUAAAUAAUCGAACCGUAAUCGAUGGAGUGAAUAGUGUUGUACGAACUUUUACACGUCCGGUAAUUUUACCAUUGAUGGCGAUAUCACUUGUAUUUGCUUGUAUUUAUUUCUUUGGGGCAAUAAUCGCUUUUAAUCGAAGCAGUACAUUUUUUCUUAUGUAUGAAGUUACUUUAACAGUUUGUAUAAUUGUGCAUAUAGUUAUGAUAACUAUUGUGUUAAAAAAUCCAGAAACAACAGAAAAAAUGAUGGAAAAACUUUUUGCAAAAAAAUUUUAUCUCUAUCGAUCAAUGAAGAGUCAUGAUGGAGCAAGUUUAUUUGCGGCUGUCGUAAUGAUAGAAUUAAAAUGCUGUGGUUACAUGAAUCCUUUUGAUUUUGACGAGGACAGAGUAGAAAUUACCGAUGAAUAUGAUGGUCAUACUUAUGAUGACUUAGUAUUACCUGUACCAUGCUGUUUGAUGGAUAAAGACUUGAAGUUGAUUGAUGUAAAUUGUCCAAGAUUCCAUUACAUAUCAGAAAACGAUCACAAACAUCACAGUCAAGGCUGUAAACAAGUAUUCGGUCGUAAAGCAUUUAGUCUCAUAGCAUACAUUGCUUAUUUAUCAAUAACUUUGAUUGCGAUCAAUAGCUUAGAUUCUUAAUGUACCGUGUAUAACUUGAGCAUUCGAACGCUAGAACCUUCCAAGUCGCAAAUAAGAAGACAGAAGAAUAAAGAAAGUGCUUGUUGGGCAAGAAUCAAAAUGUACAGAAAAUCAUUGAUAUUUACAGAUAUUAGCUUUUGUCAAAUCAAAAUUAUAAUUCAAUUAUGUUAUGCUACUGACCAAUAGUAGCAUGCUACGUCGAUAUUCUAGAAAGCUCCACUGCAUUCUUAUUAGAUGGAACUCUUCAGCCGUUCUAGAGCCUCUGAAGGCUCUGUCGUAGUUAUUCAAGCUAACAUAAGUUAAUAGUUAGUUAACUACUCACAAUGUCAUAUUGUUUUGAAAACAUUAUAUACAUAUAUCUAUAUAAUCUUAAAAUAUGCAUUUUUGCCUUAAACCGAGGUACUUUGGGGAUUAUGAAUUUGAGCACAUACUUGUAGAAACUGAAGAGAAUUUAUUGAAAUGAAUAGUCUUUAUUCAUUGUUUAUGUUUUAAUAUGAUGAAAACUAUUCAGCUUUAAAAGAAUAGUUCAUCCUUAAAUGAAAUAGAUAUGAUUCAAUCUCUAAAUUGAUUUGUUUUAGCCUGAAACAUUAUUGCUAAUAGUCCAUAUCUAUAAAAUGUAUGUUAUCAAAGAUUAUUAAUCAAACAUAGCAUAUACCUGACUUAACUGAUAUGUGAUAUAAUGGUUUCUGUGUGAGUGGCAAUGUGAAAUGGAAUUUUUCAAGUUGUCUUUUAGUGGCCCGAUAUCUGACUCCAUUUAUAUCGUAUGAAUGAAUGCUGUCGAAAUAUACAUUCUAACCAUUCACAUAUACUAUUAUCGACUUAAUCCUCGUUAGUGGAUACGACUGGAUUAAAUAAGUCAAAUACGAGAACGGAUGCUUGAAUAUGUCUAUUUUGUACACUCAUUGAUCCGGACAGACAAUCAAAGGGACGAAUCGAAGCGAGAUGGCACGCGACGGAGUAGGCGUGUGAGCCAACUCCAUUUAAACAAGCAUAACUCAGUAUUUAUAGUCACACAAAAAUGAGCUAAAGACAUGUGAUGAAGAGGAUAGGUGUACGCACACGUACUUUCAUAUAAAAUCAGUCAAGGUUGAUAAGUGAAUAAUCAACAAAACGUGACUCAAGAAAAAUGAAUAAACUGAUCUAUCCGAAAGCUAGAAUAAGCUGUGUGGACUUAACGUACUAACUGACAUUACAGUCAUUUAACUAUACAUUAAUUAGUAAUAAUAUAACUUAGUAAAUUACUUUUAGGCGUUUAAAUUUGUGUUCAUACGUUAAGUCGGUGAUUAAAAGGUGUCAAGUAGCAUUUAAUGUAAUUUCCAUAAACCUGACUGUUGAGCAGUGUGAAUACAUCGCAUACAAACGAGUGUAUUCAGAUA